AUGACACACAAUAUCAAGUUAAUACUUGUAUUUUUUUCUCUUCUUGCAGUCUCUUUUGCUGCUAUUGUUGGAAUGGACGUAGGUACACAAUUUACAAAAACUGCUUUUAUUGGACCAAAGAAAGUAGAUAUUGUAGAAAAUGAAGAGUCUAAAAGAAAAGAUCCUACAUUAGUUGGUCUUGACUUAAGCAAUAGAAGAGUUUUUGGUACAAAAGCUCAAAAAUUAGCAUUUAGUUCACCAAAAAGAAUUUUUAUGUAUUCAAAUAAAUUAAUUGGAAAAUCAUUCAAUGAUCCUUUUCUAGAAGUUUGUUUUUAUUUACUCAUUUGA